UUCGCUUUGUUGUCGAGUUUGUAAUGGUAGGUCGAGGCCUCGGACUAAAUUAGGAAAGAGGCCGCGUCUCUGUCCGGGGAAAUCCGCUAUGAUGGAGGGCAUGGAUAUAGACUUGGACCAGGAGCUUAUGCAGAAAUUUAGCUGCAUGGGCACAACAGAUAAAGAUAUUCUAAUAUCGGAGUUUCAGAGGCUCCUUGGAUUUCAGCUGAACCCUGCAGGAUGCGCCUUCUUUCUGGACAUGACCAACUGGAAUUUACAGGCCGCCAUCGGAGCUUACUAUGAUUUUGAGAGCCCCAACAUAAAUGCACCAUGCAUGUCCUUUGUGGAAGAUGUGACGAUUGGGGAGGGAGAGUCAGUCCCACCUGAUACACCUUUCACGAAAACUUGGAGAAUACAGAACACGGGGUCGGAGACGUGGCCUCCUGGGGUUUGUCUGAAGUAUGUUGGAGGGGAUCAAUUUGGUCAUGUGAACAUGGUGAUGGUGCGGUCACUGGACCCCCAGGAAAUGGCUGAUGUGAGCGUGCAGAUGCAGAGUCCUGUGUCUCCUGGUAUGUACCAGGGCCAGUGGAGAAUGUGCACAGCUACUGGACUCUUCUAUGGGGAUGUGAUCUGGGUGAUCCUGAGUGUUGAAGUUGGAGGCCUCCUCGGCGUCACACAGCAGCUUUCAUCUUUCCAGGCCGAGUUCAAUACGCAGCCCCACCGCAGCCUGGAGGGAGACUAUAAUCCCUUCGCCUCACCACAGAAGAGCAAGUACCCAGGUAGCAAUGACAACAGUCUCCACAAUGACAGCAGUCUCAAGGACCCAGGAGAACAUUGGGAUGGUACCCCUAAUCAGUUGCAGCAAGAUCAGAAUGAACUUUCACACAAUUCUGUGAAUAUAGCAGCAAACAGUCUACAAAGCAAUCUAUCAGCAGUGACUUACAACCAGGGCAUUCACGGACCCUAUCCGUUUGGGCACUCUUAAGACAUUGGAACUGUCACAGUCGAGCAGCACUAUACCUCUGGAAUCAGUAUCAGUAACACAGAGGAGAGGCUUUACCAGUGGCUGGUGGAGAGUUAGGAGAUUCAUACAAACACUUUAUGCAAAGUCCCUCUCCACUUCAGCUACACUAUAAGAAACCAGAGGCCACCGGUCCUGACAUACAGCUCAACCAACGCAACAUCCCAUAUCCACUGUAUGCAUGAGUGAAUGCUAAAUUAAAUGGAGUGCUAUGGGUCUUUUUGAGAGAUUUUUUUUUCCCUGAUUAAGUUUGUUUUUUAGCUAUUGUCACAUUGCAGAGAAGAGAGUAAUGGUAAUGACAGGACUGUGUGUGUGUGUGUGUGUGUGUGUUUUAUGAAUUUACGUGUGUACGUGUUUGCAUAAUGCAAUCUGAAAGACAGACUUGGGAGGAAAAGCCAUUUAAUUUGCCAACUUAUUCUCUUUUUUCUGCCCCUGCUUUAACAUAUAUUGUGUUGUUUUCUUGGCUGUUUAGGCCGAGCAAUAUUAAGUCUGCGUCUCUGAAACCGAGCUUCUCUGUUUACUCUUUAUUUUAAUUUUAUAGUGUGCAAUUUGAAAGGUAAGGGGAGAGAGGUUUUAUUUUGGUAAUGUAUGUGUACUGUGGAUUGUUUCUAUCGAAAAUUCAUCAAAGUUUCUGGCAAUCACUUCUUACCCAUCUUUUUCAACAGAGCUCAUUUAUCACAUUUGUUUGUGCCGUCACAGUACUUUGCAGAUGCGAUGCAGUAUAAUAUUUCUCCACUAGAGAGCGUUCUUUAUUCAUAUUUUAGCUCAACAUGAAACCAUCUCUGAAGAGUAAAUGAAAACUGUCAUCUUGUGAAAAAAGAAAAAACUGUCACCCAGUCUAAAUUCAAGCUUUGGUAGAGUUUUACAGUUAUAUCCCAAAUACAAUAUAAAUGAAGCACCCUGAGAGAAUAUGGUAAUGUAUGAAAAAUAUAUUUAAUGAUGGUUUUCUUGUCAGAUGUUUAUAUUUUACGACAUCAUUUGACUUCCAGGGUUUAAGAACACUUCACAACCCAUUUAGUUAAUUUUUGUUAUUUUUUUCAAAUUUUCGAUAUAACCCCCCCCCCCCGGAAGUUAAUUGGUCCUGUGGCUUUGCAUUAAUGCUGUGACUCCAUUAUUAAAGCAGACAUGUCAAGCCUCUCAUUUCCAUCAUCCUGAGUUGAAUGUACUAGAUGAAUGUCAAAAGAUAAAAAUGUGUAAAAGUAUUUUUCAUUCACCAAAAGAUUACAUUAUAUGUACAUUUGCCUUGAAUUAACACCGUCUGAUUUUGUUGUCUGGGUUUUCCUGUCCCUUGUUCAAAUUUUGCCUCGGGCAUCCCCACAUCCAAAUCUGGGAUUAUUUCUGUUGAUCGCAAACACGAAACAAACAGGUCAACAUUUUUUAUUUUGAUUUGCUUAUUUAAGUAUAACCAUUAACCAUGAAGACGAGUCUAAAUACAUGCGUUGACGGUCAACGCAUCUACAAGAAUAGUUUCUGAACGCUCUACUUGCACUAACUGGCUGAUCUAUGCACUCAGUAACGUGGCCUCCUUGCCAAACAGGCAUAUUUGACAGCUUGUCCUUACUCAUGUUUUUUUUGUUGGGUUUUUUUUGGGGGGGGGGGACUUUUCUGGUACCUUUGCUUACUGAAGGUUUUACUUUGUGAAUUUUUCUGUUAUGGACAACCACUGACUUGCACCACCUCGUGUCAUUAAGGACCUAACAGUUUGCCCCGGGGAUACUGAGCUUUGACAGCAUCCCACCGCCAGCCAGUACCGCAGCCUCUCCCAUCCACCCAGUGCUUCACAUCUCCCAAGUUGUUUCAUCGUGCCACUGAACAAUCGCACAUUGUCUGUCCAAAAAAAAAAAAGAAAAAAAAAAAAGUCAAUAGCAAACGCCCCCCCCCCCCCCAGUGAAAGGUCAACGCUGUCCAUGAUGUCACAUCCUGUAGAGUGGGCUUCUUUUCUUUUCUCGUAUUGGUGUGAGAUGUCCCUGCAGUUUCCGUGGGUCAGAUUGCAGAAUAAAUCAAAUGGCACUAAACUCAAAUUGUCCUCAUUUAACAGCACAUAUGUAUGAGACGAGUGAGGAGGCGCGAACAGGUGAAAGCCCCCCCUUCCCCCCCCCUGUGUGUUUGAUGGACAUUUGUAUGAUUAAAUUAUC